AUGGCAAAGAGAGGAGCUCAGCCGGAUUCAGAAAAGUUCUCUUGUUCCAUCUGUCUGGAACUCCUGAAGGAUCCGGUGGCGGUUCCCUGUGGACACAGCUACUGCAGCAGCUGUAUUAAAGGACACUGGGAUGAACAGGACAACAGGGGAUUCUACAGCUGUCCUCAGUGCAGGAAGAAGUUCAGACAGAGACCUGACCUUGAGAAGAACUUCCUUUUAGCAGAGCUAGCGGAGGAUCUGAAGAAGCCUGAACUCCAAGCUGCUGCAGCUGAUCUCUGCUCUGCUGGACCUGAAGAUGUGUCCUGUGAUGUUUGCUCUGGGAGGAAGCUGAAAGCCGUCAAGUCCUGUCUGGUCUGUUUGGUCUCUUACUGUGAGGAACACCUCCAACCUCACUAUCAGUCUGCUGCUUUUAAGAAACACCAGCUGGUGGAGCCCUCCAAGAAGCUCCAGGAGAAGAUCUGCUCUCUUCACGAUGAGGUGAUGAAGAUUUUCUGUCGCACUGAUCAGCAGAGUAUCUGUUACCUCUGCACCAUGGACCAACACAGAGGACAUGAAACAGUCCCAGCUGCAGCAGAGAGGAGGCAGAAGCAGAAGGAGCUGGAGGAGAGUCGACUAAACGUCCAGCAGAGAAUCCAGGAGCGAGAGAAAGAGGUGAAGCUGCUUCAGCAGCAGAUGGAGGCCAUCAAUGUCUCUGCUGAUGAAGCAGUGAAGAACAGCGAGGAGAGCUUCACCCAGAUGAUCCGUCUCAUCCAGAAGAGGAGUGAUGAGGUGAAACAGCAGCUCAGAUCCCAGCAGCAAACUGCAGUGAGUGAACUCAAAGAACUUCAGAAGAAGCUGGAGCAGGAGAUCACUGAGCUGAAGAGGAAAGACGUCCAGCUGGAGCAGCUGGCUCACACAGAGGACCACACCCAGUUUCUGCUCUGCUACCCCUCAGUGUCAGCACUCAGUGAGCUCACACACUCCUCCAGCAUCCAGACUUCUCUCCUCAGAUACUAUGUGGCAGCAGCUGUGUCAGAGAGCAGAGAGAAACUACAGGACAUCCUGAGAGCCACCAAAGAGGAGUUUAUACUGCUACAGCCACAGCCAGAUACCAGAGAAGAAUUCUUAAAAUAUUCACAGCAUAUCACACUGGAUCCGAACUUGGCACACCGAAGGCUGGUGUUAUCUGAAAGGAACAGAAAAGUAACUUAUGCAGUUGCAACUCAGCCUUAUUUUUAUCAUCCAGAAAGAUUGAUGAGAUAUCUCCAGGUUCUGAGCAGAGAGAACCUGACUCGACGUCAUUACUGGGAGGUGGAGUUUAGAGGAGAAGGAAUUUUUAUUGCAGUCACAUACAAGAACAGCAGCACAGCAGGGAGCUCCAAUGAAUGUGGAUUUGGAUUUAAUGACAAAUCUUGGGCUUUAUGUUGCGACUCCAACAGUUUUACAUUUUGGCACAACAGCACAGAAACUACCCUCUCAGGUCCUUGGUCCUCCAGAGUGGGAGUGUAUCUGGAUCACACAGCAGGGAUUCUGUCUUUCUACAGCGUCUCUGAAACCAUGACUCUCCUCCACAGAGUCCAGACCACCUUCACUCGGCCACUGCACGCUGGAGUUUGGCUUUAUCCUUAUGAAGAGUACUCUGCAGAGUUCCUAAAACCUCAGUAGAGGAUUCACAUCAGCUCUCCUUGUGUAGUUUCCUAAAGGAGCCUCCACAUUUUCUGAUUGGAGACUUCGAUGAGAUUUGAAACCAACAGAUGGUCGGCCAUCUCCAUGUGGACAAAAGGAUGUCAGACGAGUGUGGAGAGACAGAAACAAGCCGAGUUAGUGGAAAAAACAUGGAGCUGCAGCCAUCAGUCUCCUCACUGAUUCCUCA